AUGGGUUCACUACGAAGGUCUACUGUGCUGUUGCUUUUGACUUUCUCAGUAUCAGAGGUGUAUGCAGUGAGGAUCAUCGGAGGUCAGGAGGUUUGGCCCUACUCCAUCAAAUAUCAGGCAUCCUUGCAGUCUGAGGACGGCCAACACUACUGUGGGGGAACGUUAGUGCACCCUCAGUGGGUGGUGUCUGCUGCCCACUGCUGGAAACCGAGCAGCCGGAUGAGGGUCGUGUUGAGUGAACACAGCCUGACCAGAACAGAAGGAUUUGAACAGAUCUUCAAUGUCUCAAAAAUAUAUGUCCACAACUAUAACUACAAGACAUUCAACAACGACAUCAUGCUCAUUAAGCUGAGCGAGCCGGCACAGCUGAACGCCAACGUCCAGCCAGCUGUUCUGCCUGAUGAAAACACCCCUCAGCUCUACGAUGACGUCUGCACAGUGAGUGGCUGGGGUGUGACAAAGAUUUACAGUUUCUACCUCUCCCCUGUGCUGCGUGCCGUGGACGUGAGAGUGCAGCCUUACUGCAGCUAUUACUACUGGGGCAGGAUCACGUCAAACAUGCUGUGUGCUGGAUCUCGACUGGGUGGCAAAGAUUCCUGCCAGGGUGACUCCGGUGGCCCGCUCAUCUGCAAUGGCUACUUCGAGGGCAUUGUCUCCUGGGGUAUCAGCUGUGCAAACCCAUACUUCCCUGGGGUUUACACCAAAGUGAGGAACUACGUCCAGUGGAUCAAAUGGGUAAUCGACAAUGACACUCCAUAAACAGUCGCCAUGAGCCCUGAUGAGCAGACUGCAGAG